AUGAGAUCCGUAGAGGAUAAGGGGUGCUAUAACAACCAUGGACCAACUCAGGAGAUUUCUGGCAGCAGUUCUAUAAAUUUUGAGUUUCACAAAGCAAAUGGAGCUAGCCGUACCCCUCAUCAUCGAACAGGCUUAGGCAAACCAACGCCAUCAAAAUGGGAUGAUGCACAAAAAUGGCUAGUGGGGCUGUCAAGAGGACCAGACAAAAACCAAUCCAAAACCAAGCCCAGAAACUCAAAUGCAGAUGACUUGAGACUCAUAGCUCCUGUGCCACAGAAGGAGCAGGACUAUUCAAGUGGAGAGGAUGAUGGGGUAGAAGAUCAAGAAGAAGAAGAAGAAGAGGAAAAUGGAUGUGAUGGCUCUGCAAGGCCAAAUCAAUAUGAUGUGGAGACAAAGAAAGUGGACUGUGAUGACUCAGUUUGGAGAAGCAACAAACCAAUGGAAAACUCAACAGCAGCUAUGAGAUCUUUAUGUUUGAGGGACAUGGGAACAGAAAUGACCCCCAUUGCAAGCCAAGAGCCUUCGAGAACUGCCACCCCUAUUAGAGCCACAACUCCAGCGGCACGGAGCCCUAUAUCUUCAGGAUCCUCCACCCCAGUAAGGCCAUGCCAACAUGGGAUGCAAGCUAGUCAGGGCUAUCAAAAAUCCACUGAUGGCAGAAGUAGUCAUGAGGCCAAGUCUUGUGGGAGAGGGAGUGGUGCAGCCAAAAGGUAUGUAGAAGAAUCAAAUGCUUGCAAGAGUAUGCCUGACAACCAGAACUCAGAUCAAGCUAGGAAACCAAGUCCCCUAGAAACUCGAGCAAUGGCUUGGGACGAGGCAGAACGUGCUAAAUAUAUGGCAAGGUAUAAACGCGAAGAGGUCAGAAUACAAGCCUGGGAAAAUCAUGAGAAGAGGAAAGCUGAGAUGGAAAUGAGAAAAAUGGAGGUGAAAGCUGAGAGAAUGAAAGCUCGGGGUCAAGAAAAGUUAACGAAUAAACUUGCCGCAACUAGAAGAAUAGCUGAAGAAAAGAGGGCUAAUGCAGAGGCCAAACUCAAUGAAAAAGCUUUAAGAACUUCAGAAAAGGCAGAUUACAUAAGGAGGACUGGCCAUUUGCCUUCUACAUUCUCAUUCAAGCUGCCUUCUCUUUGCUGGGAAGGGUUUCUUAUAUCUGAGUAUGUGAACCCUUCGGCCCCAAAAUGCUCCAUUUCCUACCACAGGGCAAAAAAUCUAAGAAAGAAUAGUGGUAGUGAUAGAGUGGAGGUGGUGGUGGUAGGGAUGGCGCUUGUGGAGGUGGUGGUAGUGACAGCAUGGUGGUGGAGGUGGCAGCAUGGUGGUGGUGGUGGUGGUGUUGGUUGUGGAGGUGGUGGUGGAUGUGGAAGUUUUGAAGGAGGUGGUGGUUGUGGUGGUGGUGUUGGUGGUGGUGGUGGUGGUGGUGGAGGUGAAGGUGGAGUUGGUGGUGGUGGUGGUGGUGGUUGUGGUGGAGGUGGAGGUGAAGGUGGAGUUGGUGGUGGUGGCGAUGGCGGUGGUUGUACAGGUAGUGAAUGUGGUGGUGUAAGUGGUGGAGUUGGAUGUGGAAGUGGAGGUGGUGUUAUUUUUUAA